AUACAAGCCCAAAAAUUUUAUUGAAUCCACAAAUUCCUGUUGAUGAUAUAGAUCAAAUUCAUAAUCCAAAAAGUGAUGAUAAUUGCGAAUUUCGGGCGCUUGCUAUUGCUAUCAGAGGAAAUGAAGAAAAUUGGAAUCUUGUCAAAUUAGCUAUGAAUGGUCAACUAAAUAAGCAUAUGAAGGUUUAUAAAGACUGGCUGGGCUAUGAGAUUGAUUUACUUAGACGGAUAUUAGAAUCACAGGCAUCACUAUGUUCAUCUUCACUUUGGUUUUUGUCACCUGAUUGUAUACAAUUAGCCGUUGACACUUUUUCGGUUCCUAUUGUGAUCUUUGAUGAGAAGGAUGAACAGUGUACAAUGUUUUUCUAUUAA